AUGCGCUUUGGCAGAAGGGAUCUCGGUGUUUGUUCGAGCGCAAUGGAAGUGCCACCGUGGCCUUAAAAAGACAAACCCGUAUCACUGUUUCAGUGUAGCAGUUCGUGGUUUUCUUAACCUGCGUUACCGUGUGUGUUCAAAUGUACAUACGCACUAGCUCGCUAUUGGUAUACAUGUAUUUGAGUGUGUUUUAGUGUAAGUCUUCAAUCUGGAUCACCGCAGAAGGAGCAGAGGGAAGAGAGAGGAGAUCUCCAGAGCAAAACUCCUCCUGUCCAAAAACAACAUGUUCUCCAAAUUCACCUCUAUCCUACAGCACGCUGUCGAGGCGCUUGCGCCAUCACUGCCGUUGCAAGAGGACUUUGUCUAUCAUUGGAAGGCCAUCACCCAUUAUUACAUAGAAACCUCAGAUGACAAAGCCCCGGUGACGGACACCAACAUUCCCUCCCAUCUGGAGCAGAUGCUGGAUAUUCUGACCCAGGAGGAGAGGGAGAGAGAGUCAGGAGAGACGGGUCCCUGUAUGGAGUAUCUUCUCCAUCACAAGAUCCUGGAAACACUCUACACUCUGGGCAAAGCAGAUUGUCCUCCUGGAAUGAAACAACAGGUUCUGAGUUUCUACACCAAGCUGUUGGGUCGAAUUCGCCAACCACUCCUGCCUCACAUCAAUGUGCACAGACCUGUACAGAAACUGGUCCGCCUGUGUGGCGAGGUUCUGGCUGCUCCUACAGAGAACGAAGAGAUCCAGUUUCUGUGUACUGUCUGCACAAAACUUAAACAGGACCCUUACCUCGUCAACUUCUUCCUUGAAAAUAAGAAUAAAAAGCUGGAUGCUGCUAAAGAUGGUGGAGCUGAUUCGGUGAAAGAGGAUACAUCUUCCCCAGAUACGGGGCAAAACCCAAACCAAAGUCCCGGUCUGAUCACAUCUCCACUGAAAGAAGCAGCAGCCUGUCAUGCCAGCAGCCCAGGGGAAGCUAGUCCAUCCUCCGUCCACACUAUACUGCCAAACAACGACAACUACAACCUAGUCAGCUCACUUCUUAACCUCACUAAGAGUCCAGACGGGCGUAUUGUGGUGAAGGCAUGUGAGGGUCUGAUGCUCAUAGUCAGUUUGCCUGAGCCAGCUGCAGCCAAAUGCCUCACAGAAAACACAGAACUCAGUCAACUUCUCACAGAUCGGUUGGCGCAGUUCUACCGGGCCCUUCCCCAGUCCAUGGACCCUCUUGACAUUGAAACUGUGGAGUCUGUAAACUGGGGGUUGGAUGUGUAUACCCUAAAAGAAGAUGCUGCAGCUUUCGCAGGCAAACGUGCACUUAUUUCUUUUCUAUCGUGGCUGGAUUAUUGUGAUCAGCUCAUCAAAGAGGCACAGAAGACGGCUGCUGCAGUUCUGGCUCGGGCUGUGAGAGAGCGCUUUUUUGUUGCCAUAAUGGAGCCUCAGCUAAUGCAAACGUCAGAGGUAGGCAUUCUGACUUCAACGGCCCUGUUAAACCGGAUCAUCAGACAGGUGACAUCAGAAGCCCUGCUUCAGGAGACUGUUUACUUCCUGCUGGGAGAAGAAACGGGACCAGAGACGCCUGCUGGCAUUACCCAGCAUCCCCUCAGACACAGACUCAUAGAACAUUGUGACCACUUGUCAGAUGAGAUAAGCAUCAUGACCUUGCGUCUCUUUGAGCAUCUGCUGCAGAAACCGUGUCAGCACAUUCUGCAAAACCUGGUGCUGCGCUGCUUGGAAGAACGCAACUACACGGAGAACAAACAGCCAGAGGAACGAGAGGAGCGCGAGCACAUGGAGAACGGCCAACCGCAUGACGCCGUAGAUCUAGAAGAAGACCCGCUGUUCUCAGAUCUUUCGCCUGAUAACAGACUCUCCAGCCCUGAUUGGUUAAGCUGCUCUCCACCACCAAGCACAGAACACACAAAGCCUGAUGGGAAGACGGAGGUUCACAAAAUAGUUAACAGUUUCCUGUGUUUGGUUCCCGAUGAGGCUAAGUCAUCCUAUCAGGUUGAAGGCACAGGAUAUGACACCUACUUGAGAGAUGCACACAGACAGUUUCGGGACUAUUGUGGAGUUUGUCAGAGGUGGGACUGGCGUAGCAGUCCAAAACCCUUCGAGAAGUGCAAUCUGGACAGUCCUUUUUCCGAAGGGCACUUCCUCAAAGUGUUGUUUGACAGAAUGGGGCGAAUCCUUGAUCAGCCAUAUGAUGUUAACCUGCAGGUGACGUCUGUGUUGUCUAAGCUGUCUCUGCUGCCUCACGCUCAUCUUCACGAGUACCUGCUGGAUCCAUACAUUAACCUGGCGCCAGGCUGCAGGUCUCUCUUCUCAGUCAUCGUCAGGGUGGUUGGUGAUUUGAUGUUGAGAACUCACCGCAUUCCUGAUUUCACCCCUAAACUCCUAUUGGUGAGGAAGAGACUGCUGGGACUAGAGCCAGAAGGAAUGAGCGUUGAUCACGUGACGUUGCUCGAGGGGGUGAUCGUUCUGGAGGAGUUCUGCAAAGAGCUCGCGGCGAUCGCGUUUGUGAAGUUCCAUGCAUCCGCCUCCACUUCCCCUUGAUCCUCUCACCGCUGUGCACAGGACACAAACAGAUGAAUAAACAGGCGAAAGGGGGCGGAUGACACAGGAACGACAAACCCUACUGCACUCAUCCCUCAGCCCAGACUGCUGCCUGCGGCAGGACUCGCAUUCAAGGAUGUUUCAUUCGCGUUAUCUCUGGGACGUUUCCAUAACCCGUACUGUUUUAAAGGCACCGGAGAGGAAAAUUUUCGUUAUAAGAAUUGUGACUCUCGUCGAACUGACCGCCUGGGGAGGAUUUUGUAGCAUUGACAUGUAAAGAAAAAAAGUAUAACACUUCAUGCCAAAAAAAAAAAAUUAGGUUCAAAACGAAAUCGAUUUAAAUUCGAUUAAAGCAAUGGAAAACAUACAAUAAGUAAAAAGAAGAAUGUGCUAAAUUAAAUAUUUAAUUAUUAAUUAUUGUUUGUCACUUGCAGUAUCGAAGAUACUGUCAUAUUUUGUUCUCUGUUCUUCUGAGAAAAAUAGCGCUGAUAUAAAUAUCUAAUGCAAAGUUAAUUUGUAAUGAAAAAUUACAACAACUCAGGAUUCAAAGUCUAUCUGUUUUUAAAUAAUUGGAGAACCAGAAAACGAGCAACAUUUUAAGCGAAUCCUCUCGUUUUUGUUUGUCACCUUUUUUUUUUUUUUUUUUUUUUUUUUUUUAAGCGAACAGAAAAAGCAAUGUGGUCUGGAUUGAUUUGACAUUGGGCACAUUUGCACUCAAACCAGUUUCCACUGGUGCAUCCCCAGAGAGCCUCAUCCUUCAUGUUUUGACAGUGUUCCUAAAUCGUUUUAGUUGUUAACCUCGACAUGUUAUGUGUGUGCCUUGGUCUCAGCUAGACAGUAGCUGCGUCCUUCGUCCCGUAUCAUCACGUAUUUAUUAUAGAUUUAAGAAAUAAUUUCAAAGGAAUAGUUCACCUAACAACAGUGAUGAUGCAUCUGUCCUUGCAUCGUUGAAACUCGAGAGUUUCUAUGAAACGGCAUGCAAUGGAUGUGACAUGAAUAGUAACAGACACAAAAAGUACCCUAAAAAUGGUUCAUUUAAAUUUGUGCGCUUUCUGCCAAGUUGUCCAGUACUUUUGUUUAAAUGGGCAAAAUUUUAUAAAUCAAGAUUAGGAAGACGCGGAGUACAGUUCUUGAGUAAUAAAGUAAAAUCAAUCAUUUUUAUACUUUUAUUGUGCUUUUUUUUUUUUUUUUUUUUUUUUAAAGCUUGGUAGCAAAAAAUCACAGAGUGAAUGGAAAUAUGACUUGGAACAACAUUAGGGUGAGUAAAUUAUGACGAAAUGUAAAUUUUUAGGUGAACUAUUCCUUUUGAAGCACAGAAUCUGGUUUAGAGUUUAGCUGCUUCCUUACAAGGGAUCUUUAACAUUGUGUGUCUGCGUUACUUGGCAGUGUGGUAUUAUACCAGCAAUAGUGUUAUUCAUCAAGCUGCUCUCUUCAUCUGCUCCUGCUCAUCGUAAAGCACAUGCUGUGCUAAAUGCACACUGUGUACAUUUGGCAAAGAAGGGGCACAGCUUGAAGCAGGGUUGGGUUUUUUGAUUUUAUUUUUGGAUGGCUGGCUUCCAGGGCCUUCUCACAAUGCCUUGGCAUCUUGGCUUUAUUUAACAAUCUUUACAGGGUUUAGAUUUAAGUAUCACAAUCAUUACUUUGCAUUGGUUCCAUCCAUGAUGUAUGUGUAUAUUUAAAGCACAUUGGCAUUGUGUAAAGGUUUGCAUUUGUUUUCGAAAAUUGCACACUAGUGUCAGUAUAUGCAUUUUACUGUCUGUCUUUUUAAUUGUAUUUUCUUUAAAACCAAAGGAUGUAUCUUUACAGGAGCAACAUGAGAGCAACAGAAAGAAAAAUAAUGCAUCUUUUCCUUUUUUUUUAAUUCUUGAUCCAUGCACAUUUUAUACCGAGUUCAGAACUGUGUAUAUACAAAUGUACAGUUAUAACAGUAGUGAUGUCUGGUGUAAAAUGCAUGCGAGGUCAUAUCUGUUAAUAUGCAGCGGAGGAAAGCAUAUUCCUGCUCUAUCUGACCUUCCAUUGUUUUUUGGGGGAUCAUUUUUGUCUUCUUUCGCCUAUUUAUGGGGAUAUUUGUGAUGCCUUAUUUUAAAUGCAGUAAUUGGUUACAGCCUAUAACCUCUGCAAUCUCAGUUUGGAGUUAUACAUCUAAAAAAAAUCGGUCUUUUAUUUUACCGUCAAUCUUAUUUUUUAAAAAAGUUGUAAAGCAGUGUAUUCCAUUGGUUCAAAUGAUUCUGAGCUUUCUGCUGUACAUUUAAUUUAGUUUUCUCUGAAUAUGUAAUUCAUCCAAAUGCUGUUCUGCUUGACUGAUUUAUUCCCGUCACUUGUACAGAUGUAGCUCACUCGUUUGAGAGACGUGUCAGGAGGUAACUUCUGUCGAUUUUUGAGCGCCACUGCCACGGUGUCACAAUGUGACACUUUUUUUAGAAGAACAGAGUUAAAUGGUCGCCAUUUUAGGGAUGAAAUGUCAUAAGAUCUCAGUUGCUUGAUUCCGCCGGGCCUCUAAAUCUCUGUAACGAGGUUUGUUGUGUCCUGUGGCUUACUUUAAUUCAUUUCACUCCGUCCUAAUUAAAACAUUUGCUUUCUUCA